AUGGGCAGCCUGCCGAAAAUCAUAGUGCAGGGUCCGUCGAUCGACAUCGAGGAAAGAUCACGACGUUACUCCUUGACCAGCCUUAGGGAUCGUCGUGGUUCCCUGGACGGGAACAACGAUUACUGGCGAACGUCCGAGGAAGGUGACAGAAACGUCCACGAAUAUAAUUGCGGCACGAUCCCCAAGAAGACGACGUCGAGAUCGUUCGCUAGCCAUGACACCAAGACCAGACACUAUUCCUUAACUAGAUUGAAAAAUCGUCGUUCCUGUCUUCACCUGGACGACGAAAAAGACACGAAGAUCGACAAAGAGUUCGUGAACGACGUCAUCAACAACAAGACCACGCAGCCCCUCAGGCUACCCGUGAACCGCGAUGGCAAACCCAGACACUGUUCCAUGUCGAAUCUGAACGAUCGAUCGAACGAUCAUCUCUCCACCAGAUUGGCGUCCACGUUCAGAUCGGUUCGUUACAGAAACACCAGCAACUCGGAGAAGAUCGUGGUGAAUGAGAACCCACGUGUGAACGAUCACAUAGAGAUCGACGCUGGUACACCGCCGCCAGUCGACGAGUCGUUGUUCUACGACAACCUGGAUGUGUUCCGUCAGGCACACAUCAACGGGAACGAUCUUCGUUCGAUCAUGUGGUCGGUGAUCACCGCAGCCGAUAUGAAGCUUCUGCUCGAGCUAGAGAAAUGCAACGCGUUACCGGAGCUACCAUCCGACGAGCGUGUACGGAAUAUCGCGUACAUUUGGUGUUCCUAUCGUGGCCUCGCGCAUCUGCUACCGAAACUGGAACAAUCCGGCGCGAGUCAGGACUACACGGAGCCUUGUAGCGGCAUGAACGCGAUUCUAGCUGCCUCUUUAAGCGGCAACGUGGCCUGUCUGGAGCAUCUGAUCGAGAUGGGGGCGGAUGUGAACUGCCGGAACCCGAUUAAUCAUUAUACACCCCUUCAUUUCGCUGUCCACGGAAAUUCCACGGAUGGUGCACGGGUGUUGCUCGAUAACGGGGCUAAACCGAGCACCUGUCUGUAUCAGGAGAUCGUCGAACCGGUGUUGCACUGCGCGAUCCGCGCCGGAACGGUGAAGAUAGUGAAAUUGUUAUUGGAACGUGGCGCCAGCGUGGUCGAGAAGAAUCACAUGGGCGAGACACCCCUACACGUGGCCUGUUUCGUGCAGUCCAUAGAAUGCGUCGAAUUGCUUCUAGACUCUGCUGGAACGAACAUAAACGCCGUGGACAGGGUACACAGGACGCCCCUUCAUUUCGCCGUGAUGACCACCCACUCGUCCGCCAAGCUUGUCGAGAUACUGCUAAAACAUGGCGGUCUGGUAAACGCUGCAGACAGGACUGGCUUCACGCCCCUUCAUGUAGCCGCGUUAAACGAACAAUCCCAUUGCGUCGAUGUCCUGAUCUGGGCCGGGGCGGACGUCAGUGCUACCACUAGCGCAGGAUUGUCAGCCCUAAACAUUAUACUCCGAAAGAUACCAGAGUCACUAGAGGUGUUCAGACAGAGACUGGACGCCUCGAUAACACUUAGAAGACCCGUGCCCCACAACAGGGAGUUCGAGAUGAGGCUACACUUCGAUCUAUUGUUCCCCAGUGGGAAUCAAUGCGAGACCAGUUUCAUCAACACGUUCGUCCAAGAACGCCGUAAGGACCUGCUGUCGCACCCGUUGGUGAUGGCGUUUCUCCACCUGAAAUGGGAGAAAAUCCGGAAGUUUUAUCUGCUCCGGAUUCUACUGUACGCGAUGACCGUGAUCUGCAUGACCACAUACGUGCUGACCGCGUUGGCCUACAAAUGUUACAAUUACGACGACGCCAGCAGCUCGAAGAUCUGCAGCAGCAAACGGCUGUCCGGGUUUCUGUUCAGGAGGCCCGCGAUUGAGAUCCAAUGGUACUUGUUGUUCAUCUUUACCUGUAUCUCGAUACCCAGAAAGAUAUUCGGUUUUAUGGUGUACACGUCCGCGAAACAGUACUUCUCGAAUAUCGACAACGUGCUCGACGGGGUGGUCAUCAUAAGCGUGUUCGUCACCUCGUUCGUGUAUACAGGUCGUACGUAUGAUUGGCAGAACUAUGUGGGGGCGUUCGCGAUAUUAUGCGCGUGGACCAAUCUGAUGCUGAUGGUCGGUCAGCUGCCAGCUUUCGGCACCUACGUGGCUAUGUUCACGCAUAUACAAUUCGAAUUCGCGAAGCUACUGCUCGCUUAUUCUGGUCUGCUGAUUGGAUUCACCGUUAGCUUCUGCGUGAUAUUCGUCGGUGAACCGUCUUUUGGCAACCCGUUCACAGGGCUGAUUAAAGUGCUGGCGAUGAUGGCCGGUGAACUGGACUUCGAGGGUCUGAUCACGCAGAUCGAUCAGGAAACGGAAGGGCCGUUCGUUAUUUAUCAUCCUCUGUCAGUCUGCUCGCAGAUACUGUUCACGUUGUUCAUCGUGUUCGUGACGGUGAUCCUGAUGAAUCUGCUGGUCGGCAUAGCCGUUCACGAUAUUCAAGGAUUAAGGAAUCACGCGGGUUUGACCAAGCUUGUACGUCAGACCAAGUUGAUCCUCUUCACUGAGAUGGUGUUGCACAAUAGCUCGAUACCGUACGCGUUUCGUAAAUGGAUGUCCGACCACAAGAUCAACGUGGAGAACAGGAAGAGGGUUCUGGUGGUGAAACCGUUGAAUCCGUUGGAGAAAAGGCUGCCGAAAGAUAUUUUAAAGGCGGCCUAUGAGAUUGCUCAGAAGAAUAUACCGUUUAUGAACGACGAUAACGUUGGUCUUAGCGAUCACGUGAUGUGGAUGAGGCAACAAUGCGAAGAGUACUCGGAUACAAAUUUGCAGCUGGCAGUUGAGAAUUUGGCUACCAAAAUACAGUCCUACGAAGAGACGAUCAAGUCGUUGAGGGAACAGCUUUUGGACACCAACAAGACGCUGGAGAGUGUUGUGAAACAUCUGCCGAAGGAAAAGAGAAUUGAUAUCGAAGCAACUGUUACUGGUGGGGGGCUUACUGGACAAUCUGGUGCUAUUCGUAUGGGUAUUGCAUUAGGGCUUCGAAACUUUGUCAGUAUCGAGAUGGUAGAAAAAAUGAGACUUGGUAUGGAGAAUCAAAUUCAUUCAGAAUUGAUCAUGAAAGAAGAAGAAAUGGAAGAAGGAGAACAAGAAUUAUGUAAUACUAACAGUACAACAGUAACAAUAGUAACUACUUCCAAUACUUGUACUGUCACUAAUGCUACUGUUACUACUACUGCCACUGCUACCGAAACUAAAAGUACUACACGCAAUGGAGCAGAAUUAGCAAUCGGUAUCAGACCCAGACCACUAAUUUGCAAGCCUGACAAUGUAAAUAUUGGAUGUAAAUCUGAACCAAUAGAAAAUAAAUGGCAUUGGGCCCCAGGAGCAUGGCAAGAUGCUACAAGAACCAGUGCUUUUCAACCAUAUAAGCCUCCUACUUUACUUACUAAUUUACAAAGAGGGAACACACAGACAGAAAUACCUCAACUUUACAGCAAUAGUGAUAUUACAUUUCACACAUUAGCUGGGCAAGGAGAACUUACCCCUGAGCAAAUAAAUGCAAAUACUGUGGAUGCACCUGAUGAGAAAGGUUUAACGGGCCUUAUGUGGGCUGCUGGAUAUGGACAGUUAGGCAGUGCGAGACAAUUACUUAAAGCUGGUGCUAAUAAAAACUAUCGUGGUCUCAAUGGAGAAACACCAUUGCAUUUAGCAGCUGCUUAUGGACAUCAUGAUCUUGUAAAAUUAUUGUUGAACCAUGGUGCAGAUUCAAAUGCGAGUGACGAGGAAGGUAAUACACCAUUAAUAUAUGGUGCAUAUGGUGAUCACCCGCAUGUGUGUUACGAACUGUUGUCAAGGGGAGCAGACGUUACAAAGCAUAAUAUGCACAACAUAAGUGCUUAUCAUGCAGCAGUAUUGAACAGUUCAUUAACUGCUAAAGCAGUUAUUGAAAAUUAUCUGCUACAACAAGUGGUGAAUCUACCUGACAUGUUAUAGCACAGCAC